AAGUUGCACGAUAGAUGGAACGAUACAGACUUCACCCGAUGGGGCUAAGCGAGAUAAGACGGACAGGAGUUGGACGUAUUAAGAUGAGAAAUGGCUAUACAAUGAUAUAUGCUGGAGAAGAAAGUGAGCACCAGAGAGGGGUGGCAAUCAUGAUGAGCCAGGACACACAAAAAAGUCUUAUUGAAUGGAGAGCAGUAAGCAGCCGCAUAAUAACUGCACGAUUCUACUCACGCUUUAAAAAUACAACAGUCAUCCAAGUGUAUGCUCCGACAAAUGAAUCUACAGAUGAUGAGAAGGAUGGUUUCUACGAUCAACUCCAGGCAACUUUUGAUACAUGCAACAGACAUGACGUAGUCAUUAUUAUGGGAGACUUGAACGCAAAAGUUGGUGAUGACAACAAAGAUAUGGAAGGGAUAAUGGAGAAACAUGGAUUGGGUAACAUAAAUGAUAAUGGCGAACGAUUAUGUGAUUUCUGCUCAAUGAAUGGCCUUGUGAUCACAGGAACAUGCUUCCCACACCGAACAACUCAUGAAGCAACUUGGGUGUCACCUGACGGAAGAACGCAAAACCAAAUUGAUCACAUGAUGAUCCGUAAAGAAUGAAGGAGAUCUGUGGAAGACACCAGA